AUGAGGCGCCGUCAGGGGGAGGCGGAGCUGCUCAGGUGUUUCACUCGGCAAACAUCACACAACCUGCAGCAGCUCCUCUCUGAACCGGACCGGACCGCAGAUUGGACCAUGCCGUCACUGCUUCUGUGACCCGUUUCUGUGGACUUGGAUGGACGAGCGGAACCGGACCUGAAGGCUAGACGGGUCGCUGAUUCCCAGCAGGUAAAGUAGAGAUGGGGUGUUUAGGUGGGAAGACGGACGAAGAGCGACUCGACGAAAAGGCCAAAAGAGAAGCAAACAAGAAGAUCGAGAAGCAGCUGCAGAAGGAGAGACAAGCGUACAAAGCAACACACCGUCUGCUGCUGCUGGGUGCAGGAGAAUCAGGUAAAAGCACCAUCGUGAAGCAGAUGAGGAUUCUCCAUGUGGACGGUUUCAACACUGAAGAGAAGCAGCAGAAGGUCCAGGACAUCAGGAAGAACGUGAAGGACGCCAUCGUGACCAUCGUGUCGGCCAUGACUGCGCUGACUCCGCCCGUCCCUCUGGGAAACCCUGGCAACCAGUUCAGAGUGGACUACAUGAAGAGCAUCGCUCCGCUUUCAGACUUCGAUUACACGGAGGAUUUCUUUGAGCACACCCAGAAACUGUGGGAGGACGACGGCAUCAAGGUGUGCUAUGAACGCUCCAAUGAAUACCAGCUGAUCGACUGCGCCAAGUACUUCUUGGACCGAUUGGACUCUGUCAGGAAGACGGACUACACACCUACCGACCAGGACUUGCUGCGCUGCAGGGUGCUGACAUCUGGGAUCUUUGAGACCAGGUUUCAGGUGGACAAAGUCAACUUCCAUAUGUUUGAUGUAGGAGGUCAGAGGGAUGAGCGCAGGAAGUGGAUCCAGUGCUUCAACGAUGUGACGGCCAUCAUCUUCGUAGCGGCCAGCAGCAGCUACAACAUGGUCAUCAGGGAGGACAACUCCACCAACCGCCUCAGAGAGUCCCUAGAUCUGUUCAGGUCCAUCUGGACCAACAGGUUCCUGAAGACCAUCUCUGUGAUUCUGUUCCUCAACAAGCAGGACGUCCUGGCUGACAAGAUCCUGGCCGGGAAGUCCAAGCUGGAGGAUUAUUUCCCAGAGUUCAGCAACUACCAGUCUCCUCCUGACUCUGUUCCAGAUGUUGGCGAAGACCCCAAAGUGACCCGAGCAAAGUUCUUCAUCAGAGACGAGUUCCUGAGGAUCAGCACGGCCAGCGCCGACGGGAAACAUUACUGCUACCCUCACUUCACCUGCGCCGUGGACACGGAGAACAUCCGCCGCGUCUUCAACGACUGUCGUGACAUCAUCCAGCGCAUGCACCUGCGUCAGUACGAGCUGCUGUGAUUGGCGGCUGGUCCCUGCUAUGGCCCCGCCUUUUCCUGUUAGACCAUCAAUGCAGGCUUCUUCAUGUUUAGAGUAGAAAAGAGAAAUUCUGAGAAUAUGUAGUGUUUAUGGUUCAAAAGGUCAGGGUUAUUCAGAGCAUUAUGGGUAGUGUAGUGUACAGGCUGACAGAGUGCAAACAUUUUUGUUAAAAUAUUUUUCCAUGUUAUGAUGUUGAGUUCAGUUAUAGCCUGUUGUUGAUUGGCUGUUUUCAGAUUUUUAACCAAUCAGGACUUAGAGCUCAUUUAUCCAAACAGGAAGCUGAUGUGCUGAGUUCAUUUAUUAGCAUU